GAAUCUGAUUGAUUACUAAAUUAACCUCUUCUCCUCCGCUAUAUAAUUCAAUGUUAAAACGCAUUUUUAUGUUCAGUCAGAUGGCAAUUCCCCCUAACACCUUUUAUUUGAAUUUUGCCUCUGGACUUUGCCUCUGAAUUGUCUCUAAUCCUAUUUCUUCAGGAUAGAGUGAAUUCAAAACUCAAAAUUAAAAUACCCAGCUCCCUCCUCCUGUAAGAAAUGGAUCUUAUCCAACUUCAAAAGAUCCAUGCAAUUAAUAAAUCCAAGAGGCAUCAACUUCUUGACAGUUUUUUCCUGUAUUCCAUGACAGUGUUAACUUGCAGUCUUUUUUGUUCCAGCCCUCUUUGGUUCCCCUACUUAGUUUCUUCCAUCAAGCUCUUUCUGUUCAUCUCGCUUCCUAAGAUCAGCUCUACACUCCUCAACUCCAAAAUCAUUUUCAUAGUGGGCAAUCUCAUUAUAAUUCUUCUUAUUGGAGAAUCCAAGUUCUUCACUUCAAACUCUAUUCCAGCAGCUACUGAUGCGUACUAUAAUGAAUACGUCAACCGAAAAAGGGGACUCCGAAAUUCAUCUACUCUUGAAGAGAAGAAAGCGACAAAUACAAAUACAUCGUUCAAAGAAAACGCAAGCAAGAGUUGCGAAGGGGUUAAAAAAAUAAAAGUGGAAGUUUGGGAUGAGGGAAAUUCAGAAGUAGCGGAGAAGGAAAGAGAGGAUUUAGAUGGAGAGGAAGAGAUUAGUUUACCUGCUGAGGAAUUGAACAAAAGGGCUGAUGAUUUUAUUGCAAGGGUUAAUAGACAAAGGAUGCAAGAGGCUAGACUGCUACUUUGCUAAGAUACAUUGAAGUGAUCUAGUGAUAUAAAUAUAGGGGGGAGAGGAGAAAUUCCACACACUGUGUGAUGCAAGAAUAACAAGCAUUAUUGGUGGUUGGUGUUGUAGAUUUUAACAAACACUUGGGAGUCUUUUCUAGUACUUUCUUUUUCCUUGUUACUGAGCUUUUGAAGUAAUAGAUGGCCAUGAACAUGACCUUCAGAUUAAAGUUAGAAUCUCAGGAUUAGCUCUAUUUAUGUACUAAAACCUAGUACUAUUAAUUAUGUUUGCAGAUGAUAGAGAGAAAUAGUGGAUCAUCUGAUUCUCAGCUGUUGUAAGAGAUUGUAAUUUUGAAAAGAAUCCUAUGAAUAGUUGUUUUGAACUAAAA